CAUUACUGAGCACUCUAAUGAGUAACAAGAAUGUUAUUUUUCUAAAUUAUCAACGAAUACUUUCAAAAGGACUCGGUUAACUCCUUUUUGGCCCAAUUAACCGGAAUCUACUGAAUAUUUAAAUGCACUAAGUAAACAAAUUCAUUGUACGCGUAUUUGAUAGUAAGAAUAUGUUAAAUAUUUACAGUUAUGUAAAUUUAAAGGAAUCAAAUGAUGAAAAUAUGAAGAAUCACCACCACCUAGAUCAUCAUAAUGCUAUUUUUUCAGGCUAUGGUUAUGCCAUGUUUUAUAAACAAUGUGAACUGGGUGGUACCAUUAAAACGCUAAUUUCUUCUUUACAAAGCGUUAUUUGUUCACUGUGCAAUAUCUACACGUUUUUUUAAAGGUUAGAAUGGUACACAAUAAAACAGAAUACAGAUUACAAUUCCAUCUUCUAGCAAAGGAUCUAAGGAAGCAAAUAUGGCAAGAAAAUAUAAAAUUUAGAGAAUCAUGUCGGUCAUUAAAUCGUGCAGAUCACUAUUGGUCAUACCAGUUGACUGACGAACAAUGCGAAUGUGAUAAUGACAAUGAUGAUGAAGAUGAAACUACUCUUCCACCACACAAAUUGAAGCAUAAAAUUCUGUUGGCUCAGUAUAGAAGUGUCCAGUCUCAAAGUGGGAAAGAAGGAGUACCAAAGCUACAAGAACUUUCUUUACCUAGUGAAGUGCAAAGACAGAUUCAUCAACAAGUACAGCUGACAAAUCCAGAGAAAAAUACAUCAUUUGGCAGAGACAUGGCUGUCCAAACCACGGAAUUGGGAUCACAAGAACAGAGCCAACAGAAUGAAUCACAUAAUGAGAUCCAGAACGUGAGACAGAGUUUGAAUACAGUCACCAAAUCAGAAGAAGAACACAAAAUGAAGGAGCAACAACAUUCUGCUGUAUCUUCACAUCGAAGUAUCACAAUUCAAGAGCCAGACUCUCAAACUAGAGUCAGUAAUAAGGCGGAAAAUCGUUCAGAAACACGUAUACAACCAAGCUCAUCUCGGACAUCUGGACUUACAAGGACCAGUCAAAAGGCAUAUUUUGAUGAGAAGAAGUCACCAUUUGCUCCCUUUGGAUGGAAUGAUUCUGAUAGAAAUGUUGGACAGAAAAAAACAUAUAAUGUAUAUGCUCCAGAGACUGAGGUGUAUACUUCAGCUCUUCUAGCACUGAAAAGGAGAAGGAAAGAAAUAGAGAGGUAUUUAGCUGAAGCAGCUCAGAAAAGAAGGCAACAAGUUACCCUAGACACUGCAGGUGUGGUGAAUCAUAGCAGCAUCUGGAUGACCGAGUAUCAGGAUAAAUUUACACAUGGAAACAAAUUUGUAACCGACAGUUCAGCUACGAGGCCUGCGUCAGCGCCGCCUUGUAGGAAACCUAUUGGUUGGAGGUACAGCUGAUGCAAUCAA